AUGGGGACCAGAAGUGGUGAAAUAGUGUACAGAUUUUACAGAGCCUUAACCUACGGCAUAUCGCCGCUAAUACGCCUCCAUCUGCAGUGGCGCAGAUUUCGGGGCCGCGAGCACCCCCUCAGGUGGCCGGAACGCGUCGGCCGCCCGUCCGCACUCCGGCCCGACGGUCGCCUCGUCUGGUUCCACGCCGUCUCAUUGGGUGAAGGAUUGGCAGCCAUACCUGUGAUCAAGUGCUGUCUGGAGAAGAGGCCGGAUGUGGCUGUGUUGAUGACGACUACAACCACCUCAGCAUUUGAAGUAAUAAAGAAGAGACUUCCAAGCAAUGUUAUAUAUCAGUUUGCUCCUCUUGAUAUACCGUCUAGUAUGGAUGCUUUUCUUAAAUACUGGAGGCCAGAUGCUGUCAUGCUAAUGGAAAGUGAAUUGUGGCCCAAUCUCAUCAUGGGUGCUGCAAGAAAUGGUGUUCCACUGGCAUUGCUAAAUGGUAGAAUGUCUACAAAAUCCUUUCAGAAAUGGUCACAUCCACUACUUCUUCCGUUGAUCUCGUUGUUGCUAUCAAAAUUCACAUUGAUUCUCCCAUUGAGCACAGCACAAGGAAUCAACUUUCAGCUAUUACAAGCUCCACUUUUUAGCAUCAGUUAUUCUGGUGAUCUCAAAUAUGCAAUAGCUGAAUUUGGUGAUCCUGAAAGGGAUAAAAUUUUCUUGGAAGAGUUUAAGGCACCGCUUUCGUGUAGAAAAGUGUGGAUGGCUUCUUCAAUUCACAAGGGUGAAGAGGAAGUAUUUAUAGGAGCUCACAACAUGCUAAGGCAGAUGCAUGCUAACAUACUAACUAUUAUUGUGCCUCGUCAACCUCAAUGUGGACAAUAUAUUGCUCAGAAAUUGAGGGAGCAAGGUUUUUGUGUCUCAUUGAGAUCUCAUGGUGACUACCCCACCACUGAAACAAGUGUUUAUGUAGUCGACUCAUUAGGUGAACUGAGAAACUUUUAUGGAUCAACACCAAUAGCUGUAAUAGGAGGUUCAUUCGUACAGGGAUCAGCUGGUCACAACAUAUCAGAAGCUGCUGCUGCUGGCUGUGCUAUUCUGACAGGUCAUCAUGUUGGCCACUUCUCGCAUAUGGUAGCAGAAAUGCAGCGGGUCAAUCCCCUUUCAGUUCUACAGGUAUCUGGUGAAAACCUUGUUGAAGCUAUUAACGAGCUCCUUAGCAAUGUAAAAAUUCUGGAAGCACGACGUGCAGCUGCCAGACAAGCAUUCCGUGCAUUGUCUAAUGGAGUUGUUGAAAGCGUCUGGGAAAUGUUGAAGUGCCAUGUAUUUAUCAAGUCCAUGAUCAGAGAUGGUUGUAAUGGAACAAAGAGCCAAGCAUGA